AUGGCAUUCGUAAUGUCCCCGAUUGCCUCCGGUACGCUUGAAUCAGUGGACUACACGGAAGCGAUGGCUCUGGACGGCGUUGUGGGCUACAUCGACGCCGAUGAUGUGCAAGAGGGUGUUAGAAUCGGCCAUUCUAACGACACGCCGGUAUUCGCGCAAGACAAGAUAACCUACCACGGCCAACCCAUCGCAGCCAUAAUCGCACAAGAUCACGAAACAGCUCGACGUGCAGCCAACGCCGUCAAAAUGGAAUAUAUCAGGGAUCACGCAAUUAUUUCUAUCGAGGAUGCCAUUGAUGCUAACUCGUACCUCAUGCGACCACUUACUAUCCAUUCAUCUUUAUUGGAGAAUGAUACGGUGGUGGAGAACGACUGGAGCCGUUACGAACACGUUAUUGAGGGAGAAAUUAGGAUGGGUGGACAGGAGCAUUUCUAUCUGGAAACCCAACAAUGCGUUGUCAUACCUCAUGAGGAUGAUGAACUCGAAAUUAUCGCCAGUUCCCAAGGAAUAAAUGACGUUCAGAUGGAAACAGCGAAGUGCCUCGGAAUCCCUGCACACAAGAUCAUCGUUAGGGUGAGACGUAUCGGUGGCGGUUUCGGUGGCAAGGAGAACACCUGCGCACUAUUAACCGUUCCAGCGGCAAUUGCAGCACGAAAGACAUGGAUCAAAGAAACAUGUAAUGCUUUCCAGAUGGAAACAGCGAAGUGCCUCGGAAUCCCUGCACACAAGAUCAUCGUUAGGGUGAGACGUAUCGGUGGCGGUUUCGGUGGCAAGGAGAACACCUGCGCACUAUUAACCGUUCCAGCGGCAAUUGCAGCACGAAAAUACAGAAAACCAAUUCGAAUAACCCUGGAACGAUACGAUGACAUGGCGAUCACUGGAACAAGGCAUCCAUUCAGGUUCAACUAUAAGGUAGCACUAGAUUCUUCUGGGAAAUUCCGCGACUACUCGGUGACAGCGUAUGGCAAUUGUGGUCACACACUCGACCUUUCAAUCGGUGUUACACAGCGUGCAAUGGUCCACAUAGACAACGUGUACAGGUUUCCUAAUGCCGAUAUACAUGGGCUUUUAUGCAAAACAAAUCUGGCAUCCAAUACGGCGUACAGGUAUUUUCGCUUUUCAUAUUAUGGACCAUGGCGUUAA